AUGUCUGAACUUGCAUUAGAUGACAAAAGGGCAGAGUUUAUUGCUGAGUAUAUUCUGACGUCACAUAAACUUAAAAAUGAUAAGUGGAUGAAAUUGUGGAAUACCGAUGAUAUUAAACAAAAAAUCACCAAUUUCUUUGAAAAACCUGAUGUCACACAACUUUUCAUUCUUUUGAUGCCGAGUGGCUUUUUGACGGCCGAAAAUGAUUUUCCUGUUGGGUCCAAGUCCAAAGCUAGCUUUUUUAUGAAGAAGUCAAAAGAGGCUAUUCCUAAAGAUGGGGUCAUAACAAAAUAUAUCUUCUACGGUGAUCUUUCAUACAGUCCUUUGGAUCAUUUUUCGGUGUUCGUUGACGAAGUGCUUGUCCCUGUUUUGUCUAACAAGAAAAACUACAGUUCUUGGCCAUCUGUUGUUUAUGAGGAUGUCAUAAAAUAUGCACACGGUCUGAAAAGGCAAACGGAUAUUGUCGUUGGGCAGGCAAAAGGAAAGACAUUUUUACCUCUGCCGAUUGAACAAGAGCGGUUAAAGGAGCAUGUUAAAGAAGGUAAGGUUAAUCGAAGUUUUAUAUAUGCUAUCGAAUCACUUGUCAUUGACUGGUCACAUCAAAUCCACAAAGUAUUGCUAAGGGACUCAUCUCAACCAUUAUUAAGUGGAUUACAUCCCACUCCAUUGGUGGAACUGGACUUUUGGAAGGCGAAAGUAGAAAAUCUUGAAAACAUCUAUUCUCAGUUAUGUACACCAAAAGUCAAACAAAUGGCGCAAAUUUUAGAGCAGGCUAAUAGUAGCUACUUUGUUCCAUUUAAAGAAAUGUUUAAAUCUAUUGUAACAGCUUUACGUGAAGCACAAGAUAUUGACAUGCAUUUAACUAUGAUGCGUACAAGAUUAGAAGACAUGGAACAAGCUGAAUUCGACCAGUUAUCACAACAUAUUGAACCUAUUUUUGAUUUAAUCUGUUUAGUAUGGGCUAGUUCUAAAGGCUACCGACAACCAGCAAGAAUACUAGUUCUUUUACAGGAAUUAUGUAAUUUAAUGAUUAAUCAAUGUCGAACAAAUUUAGAUCCCUAUGAUAUAUUAAAAGGUGAGGCUGAAGAGAUCCAACCUAAAAUUGAAUAUACUUUGAAGAUAUUACAUAAAUUUAAAAAUAUAUAUCAUCAACAUCGUGAAAACUUACCAAAAUAUUUUGAAAUAGUUUCUCAAAAACUAAAUAUUUCAGAUGAAAUUACUUUAUGGGAAUUUAAAAAUGAAUUGGCUUUUAGUCGAUAUGAUUCAUUUGUUGAACGUGUUAAUUCAGUACAUCAUUUAGUGUCAACAGCUAUUGAAUUUUUAAAAUUAGAAAAGUUAGUAUUCGGUGGAAUUGAAGGCGGUUCCUUAAAUCAACGUGUCACAGAAAUUUAUGAAUCGUUUUGUAAUAAAUACAAGAUGUUCAAUGAUAGAACGUAUGAUGUUCUGGAUCCUCUGAAUGAAGAGUUUUGUAAGGAUUUCGCAGAUUUUAACAAGCAUGUUCAAGAUUUGGAACAUCGACUGUCUAAUGUGAUUGAACAUGCAGUAGACGACUGCCCAGCUUUAGAACAUUUUCUCAAGCUUAUCAGUAUUCUGCAUACAUUAUUGGACAGACCUAUAAUCAAGGAGAGUUUUCAACCUAAAUAUAAAUUACUAACUCGAAUGUUGAAUGAAGAGAUGGAUACAGUGAAAAAUAUCUAUGACUAUCAUGUAGCUGGUGAAAAGUUUAGACAAGAAAUUCCAUUAUUGAACUCAAUAUCAUCUGCAAAUGACAAGUCACUAACAGGUGAUAAAUCAUCAGAAGAGAAGCAUGAUGUAAAACUUGGUCUUAACAAGAAACAACCAUCAUAUUAUUCAGAAAUUCAUAAAAAUAUGCCUAGAUUGUCAGGAAAUUUAAAAUGGGCAAAUGAUUUGAAGAGUCGCAUUACACAACCCAUGGAAAUGAUAAAUCAAUUAGACUUGCCAAUAUUUCAUACCAAAGAAGGUGAAUUAAUUCAAAAGAAAUAUGAUCAAAUACUGAAUCUCCUUCAUGAUUAUGAAAAACGUGCAUUCGAUGAAUGGUCUAAAAGUGUAGAUGAAAUAUGUUCAUUUAAUUUAUCUCAACCACUACUUGUACGUGAUCCAAAUACAAAAAUGCUAAGUGUAAAUUUUAAUGCAAAACUUGUAGCUAUCCUUCGUGAGGUUAAAUAUUUAGGCUUAUUUACAGAAGAAAUAAUUCCUGAUUCAGCAACUAAAUUAUAUGAACAAAAUGAGAAACUGCGCAAUUUUCAUAUUAGUUUAGAUAUGAUUGUUCAAGCAUAUAGUUAUUUAUCUAAUCAACUUAUAUCUGUUGAAACAGAAUUAGUAAACAACGAAAUGGGUUUAUUUGAUAAACAAGCAAAAGAAGCUGAAACUUCAUUGAGUUGGAAAACUAGUGAUGCAUGGGAUUAUAUACAAAAAACACGAAAUCAAAUAGAUGAUUUAAAACAUCGCGUCGUGCAAACUCAAGAAAAUGCACAACAAAUUCGUUUAAUUAUGACCACGUGGUCUAAAACACCAUUGUUUGAACGCAAAGAUGGUAAAAAAGAUACAUUAUUAGGAUUGGAUGAUCGAGAGGAUAGAUGUUCAAAACGUUAUGCAGAAAUUACAGAUGCCGGAAAACAAAUACUUAGUCUCCUGGAAACAAAUCGUGGAUUAUUUAAAGCUAAUGAAAAUGAUCCUGCCUGGACAAAAUACAUUGAAUAUAUCGACAGUAUUGUAGAAAAUGGUCUUGUUCAAACAAUUGAAUGUAGUUUAAAUUAUUUACUUACCGAAACUGAAGAUGCACCAAUAACAGCUGCUCUGUUAGAAGCUCAAAUGGAACUACAAGCUCCAGAUAUAUCAUUUCAACCAUCUAUGGAUGUUGAAUCGAAGAAUGGGUUGUAUUCACUUGUUGAUCAUAUUAUUGAAGAUAUUUAUAAACAAGCCACAUUUAUUCCCUAUAUAACCAAUUUGAGUAUGAAAGAAAGCUAUAUGACCAAAAUGAAUCAAAAUGAAAAUUUAUUGAAAAAACGUAAACAACUAUUAGACCGUGUAGAAAUUGUUAUGAAAAAGGCAUUAAAUUAUCGUUCCACAUUUGAUGCAUAUUCUUAUUUAUGGAUUGAUGAUCGUAAUGAAUUUAUGCAACAGUUUUUACUUUAUGGACAAGCUGUCAGUCAAGAAGAUCUUGAUUUGAUCAAUACUGGCGGUAUACAAAGGACUAGUGAAUUAGAUGAUAAUUCCAGUAAUUUACCAGUAUUAAAACCACCAACGUUGGAACAGUUUAAAGAGCAAAUCGAUUAUUAUGAAAAAAUCUAUGAAGAGGUUGGUAAAGUAGAUGGAUCUACUAAAUUUGAUUCUUGGUUCCGUGUUGAUGCUCGUAAAUUUAAACAAGCGCUCAUAAAUGUCAUUAAACGAUGGAGUCUAAUGUUUAAACAACAUUUAAUUGAUCAUGUUACAACCAGUUUAGAGGAUUUAAAUAAUUUCAUCCAGGUUUCCACUAAGGGUUUAAGUGUAGAUCUUCAAGACGGAAAUUAUGAUGCUUUAAUUUCUGUCAUGAAACAUUUAGGACAAGUAAAAGAUCGUCAAAUAGCCACAGAUGAAAUGUUCGAGCCAUUGAAACAAACAAUAGAACUAUUGAAAACAUAUAACCAAGAAAUGCCUGAUGACGUACAUCAGUUAUUAGAAUCAUUACCUGAAAAAUGGAACAAUGUCAAAAAACAAGCUAUAUUAAUGAAACAAACAGUUGCACCAUUACAAAAUAAUGAAGUUGCCAAUAUACGUCGUAAAUGUGCACAUUUCGAUGUGAAACAACAUAUGUAUCGUGAGGAAUUCCGUAAAAUGUCACCAUUUAAUUAUAGUUGUCAGAAUCCUUACGAAAUUAUAGACAAGAAUCAUCAAAGUUUAUUAUUAUUGGAAAACGAAAUGUCAAAUCUUCUUACAUCAGCUAGUUUAUUUGAAGUGAAUGUCCCCGAAUUUAAACAAAUUAAACAAUGUCGUAAAGAAUUAAAACUAUUGAAAAUAUUAUGGGACUAUAUUCAUUUAAUUCAAACAAGUAUACAUAAUUGGACAUUGAGUCCAUGGCGUACAAUAAAUGUUGAACAAUUAGAUUUAGACUGUAAAAAAUUUGCCAAAGAUUUACGUGGUUUAGAUAAAGAAAUGCGUGCAUGGGAUGCAUAUAUUGGUAUAGAAGAAAAAGUUAAAAAUAUGUUAACAUCAUUAAGAGCAGUAAGUGAAUUACAAAAUCCAGCAAUACGUGAUCGGCAUUGGAUACAAUUAAUGAAAGCUACUGGUGUGAAAUUCCAAAUGACUGAAAGUACUACAUUAAUGGACUUAUUAUCAUUAAAUUUACAUGAAUAUGAAGAUGAAGUACGUAAUUUAGUUGAUAAAUCUGUAAAAGAAAUGAGUAUGGAGAAAGUAUUAAAAGAAAUCAAUGCAACGUGGUCACAAAUGACAUUUGAGCAAGAAACGCAUUCACGUACAAAUUUGAUUUUAUUGAAAGCAACUGAAGAAUUAAUUGAAACACUUGAAGAAAAUCAAGUACAAUUACAAAAUAUGAUGACAUCCAAAUAUAUUGCGUAUUUUCUUGAUGACGUAUCAUUAUGGCAAAAAAGAUUAUCUACAGCUGACCAAGUGAUUACUAUUUGGUUUGAAGUACAACGUACAUGGUCACAUUUAGAAUCGAUAUUUAUUGGUUCUGAAGAUAUACGUAAACAACUACCGCAAGAUUCUUUAAGAUUUGAUGGAAUUGAUCGUGAUUUUCGUCAAUUAAUUCAUGAAAUCGGUGAUGAUCGCAAUGUGAUUAAGGCAACAAGUCGACCACGUUUAUAUGAACGUUUAGAGUUAAUACAAAAAGAUUUAACUUUGUGUGAAAAAGCAUUAGCCGAGUAUUUAGAAACUAAACGUUUAGCAUUCCCACGAUUUUAUUUUGUAUCACCAACUGAUUUAUUAGAUAUCUUAUCAAAUGGUAAUAUACCAGAACAAGUUACUAAACAUUUAACUAAACUAUUUGAUUCAAUGGCUUCAUUGAAAUUUCGUCCUGAUGGUAAUAAAGGAAACUCAAAAAUUGCAUAUCAUAUGGGAGCUAAAGAUGGCGAACAAGUUAAAUUAUCAAAAGAUGUAAAUUUAGAUGGACAAGUUGAAGUAUGGUUAAAUAAAUUAUUAGAUGAAAUGCGUGCUACAAUACGUUAUUAUUUAUCAGAAGCUGUAUCAACAUAUGAAGAAAAAUCCCGUGAUCAGUGGUUAUUUGACUACCCAGCUCAAGUAUCAUUAGCUGGUUCACAAAUUGGUUGGACAACAGAAGUUAAUAUAAAUUUUGCUAGAUUAGAAGAAGGCUAUGAAAAUGCCUUGAAAGAUUAUAAUAAAAAACAAAUACAACAGUUAAACGCAUUGAUCACAUUAUUAAUCGGUGAAUUGAAUUCACAAGAUCGUCAAAAAGUCAUGACUAUCUGUACCAUUGAUGUACAUAAUCGUGAUGUAGUUAGCAAAUUAAUUAGUCAAAAAAUUGAUAAUGCAUUAUCAUUUACAUGGAUUAGCCAAUUAAGACAUCGUUGGGAUGAAAAACAACAAGAUUGUUUCAUUAAUAUUUGUGAUGCACAAUUUCGUUAUGCUCAUGAAUAUUUAGGUAAUACACCAAGAUUAGUAAUAACACCAUUAACAGAUCGUUGUUAUAUUACAUUAACACAAUCAUUACAUUUAACAAUGAGUGGUGCACCAGCUGGUCCAGCUGGCACAGGUAAAACAGAAACAACAAAAGAUUUAGGUCGUGCAUUAGGUAUUAUGGUGUAUGUAUUUAAUUGUUCAGAACAAAUGGAUUAUAAGUCCAUUGGUAACAUUUAUAAAGGUUUAGCUCAAUCUGGUGCAUGGGGUUGUUUUGAUGAAUUCAAUCGUAUUUCAGUGGAAGUUUUAUCUGUUGUCGCCGUACAAGUGAAAUGUAUACAAGAUGCAAUAAGAGAUAAAAAGAAACGAUUUAACUUUCUUGGUGAAGAGAUUAGUUUAGAUCCAGCAGUUGGUUUGUUUAUCACGAUGAAUCCUGGUUACGCUGGACGUGCUGAAUUACCGGAGAAUUUAAAAGCUUUGUUUCGUCCAUGUGCUAUGGUUGUGCCAGAUUUUGAAUUAAUUUGUGAAAUUAUGUUAGUUGCCGAAGGUUUUACCGAUGCUAGAUUGUUGGCUAGGAAAUUUUUAACCUUAUAUAAAUUAUGCAAAGAAUUAUUGUCGAAACAAGACCAUUAUGAUUGGGGUUUAAGAGCUAUUAAAUCUGUAUUAGUUGUGGCUGGUGCACUGAAACGUAGUGAUCCCGGUCGACCAGAAGAUCAAGUACUUAUGCGUGCAUUACGUGAUUUUAAUAUACCUAAAAUCGUCACUGAUGAUUUACCUGUAUUUAUGGGUUUAAUUGGUGAUUUAUUCCCAGCGUUAGAUGUACCUAGAAAACGUGAUUUAGAACUUGAAAAACAAGUUAAACAAGCUGCAAUUGAUUUGAAAUUACAAGCUGAAGAUAGUUUUAUAUUGAAAGCUAUACAACUGCAAGAGUUAUUCGCUGUAAGACAUUCAGUAUUUGUAUUAGGAAAUGCUGGUACAGGUAAAUCUAUGGUAUGGAAAACAUUAUAUCGUACAAAUUUGAACAUGAAAAAGAAACCAGUAGCUGUUGAUUUAGAUCCAAAAGCUGUUACAAAUGAUGAACUGUUCGGUAUUAUCAAUCCAGCUACACGUGAAUGGAAAGAUGGUUUAUUCUCUGUGAUUAUGAGAGAUUUAGCUAAUUUAACACAUGAUGGACCUAAAUGGAUUGUACUCGAUGGUGAUAUCGACCCAAUGUGGAUUGAAUCAUUAAAUACAGUGAUGGAUGAUAAUAAAGUUUUAACAUUGUCGAGUAAUGAGCGUAUUCCAUUAACACCUACAAUGCGUUUGUUAUUUGAAAUAAGUCAUUUGAAAACAGCUACUCCUGCUACUGUUUCACGGGCUGGAAUUUUAUACAUCAAUCCACAAGAUCUUGGUACAACUCCAUUUAUAUCCAGUUGGUUAGCUGCACGUGAACUACAAUCGGAACAGGCUAAUUUACAAAUUCUUUUUGAUAAAUAUGUCCCACCGUGUUUAGAAGUAUUACGUUCACGUUUUAAAAAAAUUACACCAAUUACUGAAAUUGCUCAUGUACAAAUGUUAUGCUACUUACUUGAUUGUCAUUUAACACCAGAAACUACACCACCAGAUUGUCCGAAGGAAUUAUAUGAAUUAUACUUUGUAUUUUGUGCUGUUUGGGCAUUCGGUGGAUCACUAUUUCAAGAUCAGUUAGUUGAUCAUCGUGUGGAAUUUAGUAAAUGGUGGGUAACUGAAUUUAAAAGUGUCAAAUUUCCAACAAAUGGUAUUGUAUUUGAUUAUUUCAUCGAUCCUGUGAGUAAGAAAUUUGAACUAUGGUCGAAGAAAUUACCAGUGUUUGAAUUAGACCCGGAACUUCCACUACAAGCCAUGUUGGUACCGACAACGGAAACAACUCGUUUACGUUACUUUUUAGAUUUACUACUACAACGUAAACGUCCUGUUAUGUUAGUUGGUAAUGCAGGCACUGGUAAAACAGUACUUGUACAAGAUACAUUCUCCAGUUUUAACGAAGAUAUUAUGAUUACGAAUGUACCAUUUAAUUUUUAUACAACAAGUGAAAUGCUUCAACGUGUUUUAGAGAAACCAUUAGAGAAAAAAGCUGGUCGAAAUUAUGGUCCACCUGGUAACAAACGUUUAAUCUAUUUUAUUGAUGAUUUAAAUAUGCCGGAAGUUGAUACUUAUUUUACAGUACAACCACAUUGUUUAAUAAGACAACAUAUUGAUCAUUCACACUGGUAUGAUAGAACAAAGUUGACAUUGAAGGAAAUCAAUAAUACUCAAUAUGUGGCGUGCAUGAACCCCACAUCCGGUAGUUUUACCAUUGAUCCAAGAUUACAAAGGCAUUUUUGUGUAUUUGGAUUAAGUUUUCCUGGUCAAGAAGCAUUGAAAAUAAUCUAUUCAUCUAUACUAACACAACAUUUGGGAUUAAUUAAUUGUUCCACAGCUUUACAAAAGUUCGCCGUAAAUGUUGUUGACUGUGCAUUAUUAUUACAUGCUAAAGUGGCUAGUGUAUUUUUACCAACUGCAAUCAAAUUUCAUUAUAUAUUUAAUUUGCGUGAUUUAUCCAAUAUAUUUCAAGGUUUAUUAUUUUCAACUAAUGAAUGUAUUCGUCAGCCGAGUGAUCUAAUACGUUUGUGGAUGCAUGAAUGUGAACGAGUUUACUCGGAUAAACUAAUUGAACGUGAAGAUGUUGAGUCGUUUCAGAAAAUUUUAAUAGAUAUCACUAAAAAAUGUUUUGAAGAUAUCGAUGAAAGUAUUGGUGAACCAAAAUAUUUACCAGUAACUAAUAUGAAUGAUUUAAAUAAAUUAUUAAAUGAAGCAUUGGACAAUUAUAAUGAAUUAAAUGCUGUAAUGAAUUUAGUUUUAUUUGAAGAUGCUAUUUCGCAUAUAUUACGUAUUAGUCGUAUAUUAGAAUCACCACGUGGUAAUGCAUUAUUAAUUGGUGUCGGGGGUUCCGGUAAACAAUCUUUAUCAAGACUAGCUGCAUUUAUUAGUUCAUUAGAAGUGUUUCAAAUUACAUUACGUAAAGGUUAUGCAAUUACUGAUUUGAAAGCUGAUCUAGCUAAUCUUUAUUUAAAAGCUGGAUUAAAAAAUACUGGUACUGUUUUCUUAUUAACCGACAGUCAAAUUACUGAAGAGAAAUUUUUGGUACUUAUCAACGAUUUAUUAGCAUCCGGUGAUAUACCAGAAUUAUUGCCUGAUGAUGAAGUCGAAAAUGUAAUUAAUGGGAUGCGUGGAGAAGUUAAAUCGCAAGGUAUACAAGAUACACGUGAAAAUUGUUGGAGUUAUUUCAUUGAUAAAGUACGUCGUUUGUUAAAAGUGGUGUUGUGCUUUUCACCAGUUGGUGCAACAUUACGUGUUAGAGCGAGAAAAUUUCCAGCUAUUGUUAACUGUACUUCAAUUGACUGGUUUCAUGAAUGGCCUAAAGAAGCCUUAUUAUCAGUAUCAAAACGAUUUUUAAGUAGUAUAGAAUUACUACCGGAAAAUAUUCGACCAUCUGUUGCAGAAUUCAUGUCAUUUACACAUCAAUCAGUUAAUGAUAUAAGUAUUACUUAUUUACAGAAUGAACGUCGUUACAAUUAUACAACACCAAAAUCAUUCUUAGAACAGAUACAACUAUAUGAAAAUAUGUUAAAUCAAAAAUAUACUGAUUUAGUUAAUAAAAUGACACGCUUAGAAAAUGGUUUACAAAAACUAGAAAGUACUUCACAGCAAGUGGAUGAUUUAAAAGCAAAAUUAGCAGCGCAGGAAGUGGAAUUAGCACAGAAAAAUGAAGAUGCUAAUAAAUUAUUAACAAUUGUUGGCGCAGAAACUGAAAAAGUUAAAGGUGAAAAAUUAUUUGCAAAUCAAGAAGAAGAAAAAGUUGCUAAAAUUAAAUUGAAGUAUCAAAAAAACAAAAAGAUUGUGAAGUUGAUUUAG